ACGUAAUUUACGUCACUUCCCCCUGCUGUGGCCAUUUGCACGUGUUGAGCAAGUGACUGUUUACAGUGCUUGUUCGUUUUAGACUUUAGUUAGUACCUGCAACCAAAUACUACAGAUAUUGUAGCUGUCAAAGUUCAGAGAUGCCGAAAGUGAAAAAAUCUAAAGGAGGAGGAGGAGAGAAGAGCGUGGGAGCGGUGGGGCUGGCUGACCAGAUCCUGCAGGCGGACACGGUGCGAGCCCGAGGCCGGGUGAAGACCAGGGACAGCCGGGCGGAGAAUGAAGACAAGUACGUAGACGAGCGUCUGUCGAGGAAAAUCCUUCAACAGGCCCGAAUUCAACAAGAGGAGCUUCAGACUGAAUAUGGCCUGGCACCAGAGAAGAAGAAAACACCUGUCACAGUUCUUGGCCCUGACUCUCAGGAUGCAGACUCAGAUGAGGAGUGGCCCACGCUGGGAGAGGCAGGUGCUGGUGGUGAUGGCGAGUUUGACACUGAGAUCGUUGUCGAUCCUGAUGACGAGAAGGCUAUUGAGAUGUUCAUGAAUAAGAACCCGCCAAUGAGACGAACCUUAGCUGAUAUCAUCAUGGAGAAGAUCACAGAGAAGCAGACUGAGGUAGGAACGGUGAUGUCGGAGGUGUCAGGAUGUCCAAUGCCCCAACUGGACCCGAGGAUAAUAGAAGUGUACAAAGGUGUCAAUAAGGUUCUGUCAAAAUAUCGCAGCGGUAAAUUGCCAAAGGCUUUUAAAAUAAUCCCGGCACUUGCAAACUGGGAGCAAGUUCUGUAUUUAACUGAGCCUGAGACCUGGACUGCAGCUGCCAUGUACCAAGCAACAAGAAUCUUCUCUUCUAAUCUGAAAGAGCGAAUGGCCCAGAGAUUUUACAAUUUGGUGUUGCUGCCCAGAGUACGAGAUGAUAUCGCAGAGUACAAGCGACUCAACUUUCAUCUCUACAGUGCCUUGAAGAAGGCCUUGUUCAAACCAGGAGCGUGGUUUAAAGGUAUACUGAUUCCUCUGUGUGAGUCUGGGACAUGUACUCUCAGGGAGGCCAUCAUCAUCGGGAGCAUACUCACAAAGUGUUCAAUUCCUGUGCUCCACUCCAGUGCCGCGAUGCUGAAGUUGGCAGAGAUGGAGUAUAACGGCGCCAACAGCAUUUUCCUGCGUCUCUUGCUUGACAAGAAAUACGCCCUGCCUUUCCGUGUCCUAGAUGCCUUGGUGGCCCACUUCCUGUCCUUCCGCAAUGAAAAACGCAUGCUUCCUGUGCUGUGGCAUCAGAGUUUACUCACGCUGGCUCAGCGCUACAAGGCUGACCUGGCCUCCGAGCAGAAGACCGCUCUGCUGGAGCUGUUAAAGAUACAAACACACCCUCAGAUCUCUGCAGAGAUUCGCCGAGAACUGCAAAACUCAGAGUCACGGGAUCUCGAAAUUGGGCUCCCUGUUACAGUGGAAAUGGACUGAGGAUUCGGUCUGGUCUGAUGCAAAUGAUUGAUGUUUUCCUCAGCAUGAAGGCAGUUUAAUUAAAUCUGACUUCAUUGUUCCUCCUGUUCUGUGAAAGGACAGAAAGAUAGGAGUGACUCAUUAUAUUGUCUCUAAUUCUGUUCCUCUGCUUGGAUGAGUUCGCACAUUUAAAAAUGCACAUCAGUAGUGAUGUACAUGUUGUAAUUUCAUAUCAUGAAUCUCUGAGCUUUCUUCCUGCCGUUGCAGUGCAGUGAUUGCUUGGAAAUACAAAGACUGGUAUUUGUGUACAUGUGGUUAAGUUUUGAUGCUAAAACUUGGAUUAAAAACUGAAUCCUUCAAA